UCGGGGCGAACGCACGCCGUUCUUCGGGUUAACUUUCGGAACUUAUUCUUCACGUUUAAUAAAAGAAAAUGCCUUCCUGGUGGGACUAUUUGCAUUUCAACCGCCAGUACAAUAAUAAACGGAACUUGGAAGAAGGGUUGUUCCAAAUCGCGUCGCAGACAUGCAAUAUUCUUGUAAAGGUCAACAACACGAACAAUAUUAAUUUGACUAGGAACAACAGGAGUGACGAGUAUGGCUGCGCCGGGCCCCCCAAAGGGAAAAGUUCCAUGCAGAUCUGCGUGCCCAAGUUCAGGAAGAACUCUGUGACUUCGGGCUGCAACCCUGGACUUUCUACUGUGCUAGAAACAGGGAGUGUGGGGAACUCGUCAUCUGAUGAGGAGUUGGAACAGUGGGAGCAGAUCUUCAUGAUGAGGGAUGAGAACGGGAACAGCUAUAAUGACAAAAGGAAGAAGCGCAGUAUUUGGUGUCGACCAUCAUGCAUCCCAGUGACGAUAGUGAUCCUCCUGAUAGUGCUGGUAGUUCUGGUGCCUCUGCUGGACCAGCCCAACAUCGCGCAAGUGCUGCCCACUGCUGCUCACGUCGACCUGCAUUGCUCAGAUGAGUGUAGGUUAUCCUUAGUGGAAAGUAUACCAGAAGGCCACAUGUAUCCUCCCAACUCAACGCACAUGCGGACCAAGAACGCUUGGUUAGAUUUGAUAGACGAAGCUCAAUCUUCCAUAGAAAUUGCCUCAUACUAUUGGACUCUUAGGUUUAAUGAAUUUUAUCCUUACAAUUCUUCUGUAGAGGGCGAGCAAGUAUUCCAGGCCUUACUUGCAGCCGGGACAAAGAGGAAAAUAAAAUUGAAAAUUGCUCAAAACUGGCCCACAAAGUCUAACCCUAACAUAGAUACUGAAUAUUUAGUUAAGAAAAAAGCUGCUCAGGUUCGCAGCCUGAACUUCUCCAAGUUGCUGGGCGGCGGCGUGCUGCACACCAAGUUCUGGCUGGUGGACCGCAAGCACUUCUACAUCGGCAGCGCCAACAUGGACUGGCGGUCGCUCACGCAGGUCAAAGAGCUGGGCAUCGUUGCCUACAACUGUUCCUGUCUUGCUACCGACCUGGCAAAAAUAUUCGAUGUGUACUGGAGCCUGGGCGCGGCGGACGCGCUGCCGGCGACGUGGCCCCCCGAGCUCAGCACCGACAUCGACAUGGAACAUCCCGCCAACCUCUCCAGCUACGGCGCCUACAUCACCAGCUCCCCCCCGCCGCUCAGCCCCGCGGGGCGCACCAACGACGACGACGCCAUCGUGGGCAUCAUCGGCGCCGCCGAGCGCUUCGUGUACGUGUCCGUCAUGGACUACGGGCCCACGCUCGAGUACUCGCCAAAGCUCAAAUUCUGGCCGAAGAUCGACGACGCGAUCCGGCGCGCGGCGAUCGAGGCGCGUGUGCGGGUCCGCCUGCUGAUCAGCUGGUGGCGCCACUCGCGCCCCGCCGAGGACCACUUCCUGGCGUCGCUGGCCGCGCUGGCCGACUCCUACCCGCACCUCGACAUACAAGUGGUGCGUACACUGGCCACUGCCUCCGCUACUGUUGAUCUGACCAGCCGGUGGCGCCACUCGCGCCCCGCCGAGGACCACUUCCUGGCGUCGCUGGCCGCGCUGGCCGACUCCUACCCGCACCUCGACAUACAAGUGAGGCGAUUCAUCGUCCCAUCGACCCCGGAACAAGACAAGAUACCGUUCGCGCGAGUGAACCACAACAAGUACAUGGUGACGGAGCGCGCCGCGUACGUCGGCACGUCCAACUGGUACGGCGACUACUUCGUCGACACCGCCGGCGUCGCCUUCGUGUACGAGCCCUACGCCGACAACGCCACGCGCGACAUACGCAGGGAGCUGCAGGACGUGUUCGAGAGAGACUGGACUUCCCCUUACGCUGUUCCCUUGAGGAAGUUAUAGCGCACGAUUGAGACUUUUUGAGUAAGUGAUUCAUAACCCUUGUUAAUGUUUCUCCAUAUAAUGGGAUAGUCAAGCCAAGGCUCUGGUUGGCAGUUUCAGAAACUGCCAUAAGAGUUAAGGCAAUGUAUAGUUUAGAAGAAAUAAGGUGGACAGAAGGUUUACUUCUGGAUAUAGUAGAAAAUUGAAACUCCUUUGUUUGUGCAAUGCUGGUACUACAAGAUGGACUUUGAGUAUAUUAUGUUAUCUACUUCGUCGACACCGCGGGCGUCGCGUUCGUAUACGAGCCAUACUCUAAAAACUCGACGCGCGACAUACGCAGAUAACUGCAAGACGUGUUCGAAAGAGAUUGGACUUCCCCUUACGCUGUUCCCUUGAGGAGGUUAUAGCGCACGCUUGAGACUUUGAGUAAGUGAUAGAUGCAUACAUAUUUCAUAACCCUUGUAUAGGCAAUUCUCCAUGUAAAUAGUGUGGUCAAACCAAAGCUCUGGUGGGCAGUUUCAGAAACUGCCAUAAGGGUUAAGACAUAAUGUAUAGUUUAGGAGGACUAAGGUGGGAAGAGGGUUUACUUCUGGAUAUAGUAGAAAAUUGAAACUCCUUUGUUUGUGCAAUGCUGGUAAUACACGAUUGAGACUUUUUGAGUAAGUGAUAAAUGCUUCAUAACCUUUCUAUAAAUGUUUCUCCAUGUAAUGGGGUGGUCAAAUCGAAGCAAUGGUUGUCAGUCAGAUGAAACUGCCAAAAUUAGAAUAUAGGGUUAAAGUAGUCCCUAUUAUAUAGAACAAGCGUACACAAAUACUAAAUGAAAUAUAAAUGAACGCCGACUGCAGCAGAGCGUAGGUACUCGUGCGGACUGUCAGCCGGGCGGCGGGCGAUCGGCCGCGCGCACCGCUCGCGGCUUGCGCGUGUGUGUGUCGCCUCGUACAUGACUACGCACACUAAUGCCGCGCGCUAAUAUUUUAAAUAUUACAUAAUAUAAUAUGAUAUGGGCGAGAGUAGCCCACAUCACUCCCUCCCAAGAGACCUAGUUAAGGUCGAUGAUUGUAGGUACAUGUAAAUUGUGUACUUAUGCAACUAUUUUUUUUUAAUAACAACCAUAUUUUGUUAUUUUAAAUCAUUUCGGUGUUGUGAUUUUACCUUAUAGUUAGGCAGCAGUGUUAUCGUAAAAUGAUAAUUAAUUAGCUAUUAUUAAUACCUAAUAACAAACGAAAUCUAAUAUACCUAAUAUAAAAUUUUAACUAAGUAUAACAAAACCAAUAAAUUAAAACACAAAUAAUAACAAUAUAAUAAAAUCAAAACGAACUAUUUAUUAAUUACAAUGGAAAACGUAAAUCUUUCGCGAUGUAAUAAUGUAAUAAAGUAGUUAAUUACCUAAAGUUCGCUAAAACGUCGAUGCAGCGAGCUACGUGCGACGCCUUAUCGCUAAACCGGUUUCCCGGUGUAGUAGGUCUUUGAUUCGGCUGCGUAUUUCCGAAGUACGUUUUGAUUUUAUUUGAUUACUAGUUUAAGUCGGUCGAUAAAAAUCGGGAAAACGAACUAUACGGCCUGAACGAGACUUUUUGACAGUUUCCUGAUUUGUGGUGUUAUUUUGUUGUAUUUGAUGUUGUGUUAUUUGAUGUGGUUUAGCUAUGGGAGGCUUAGGAGGGGGAGGUAGGGUAUGAAUGGGUAUGGAAAAAGUGUCAGUCUGUGUGUAUGCUGGUUUGAGACGAUUGAUGGAGACUGUGACAGAUUUACCUUUUAAUAAAAGUGUAAAUGUUUUAUCUCCUCGUGAGAUAACUUUAUGAGGGCCACUGUAAGCUGGCUGGAGAGGCGAACGAGAGGCGUCCUCACGAAGGAAGACGUAUUCCGCGGUCGCGAGCUCUUUAAAUACAAAAAUAUUAUUUUUGCUGUGCCGUGAAGCGGGGACAGGUUUUAACUUACCGACGAAAGAUCUGAGGCGCGCUGUGAAAUCAGACAUAUCUGUUGUACAGGGCGUGCAAGGGUCAAAAAACUCACCUGGAAGCCUGAGGGGUUCGCCAUAUAGCAACUCGGCAGAAGAGGUUUGUAAGUCCUCUUUGAACGCGCUGCGAAUGCCAAGUAGCACCAAAGGCAAGACUUCUGUCCAGUUGUGAUCAGCAUGGCAGGUGAUGGACGCCUUAAGCUGUCUGUGGAAGCGUUCUAUAAUUCCAUUACAAGCUGGAUUAUAGCUGGUGGUGCGCUUGUGACGGAAUCCAACCAUUUUAGCUAGGUACUGGAACAGAGCUGACUGGAAUUGCCCACCUCGAUCUGUCAGGAUGCUCUCCAUGACGCCAAAACGGGAAAUCCAUCCGGAGAUCAAAGCUUUUGCCACGGUUUCUGCAGUGAUGUCGGGGAUAGGUAUCACCUCAGGCCAUCGGGUGAAUCGGUCAAUGGCAGUAAGACAAUACUUAUUUCCCUGCGACACCGCGAGAGGGCCGAUUAGGUCAAUAUGCACGGAUUGGAAACGUGCACGGGGAAGGUCAAAUGUUCCAAUUGGAGAAGAAACAUGUCGAGAGACCUUUGACCUUUGGCAUGCUAAACAAGUUUUGCUCCACUCGCGACAGUUCUUUCUUACACCAGGCCAUACAAAUCUCUCGGCUACCAACUUGGCGGUUGCAGAGGCUCCGGGGUGACUUAGUGAGUGUAAACUUUGGAAGACUCGCUUACGGAAGUCUUUUGUGACAAAUGGCCUGGUCGUCGUUGUACUGACAUCACAGUACAGAGGUACGCGACAGCCAGGUAUAUUCAUCUUUUUCAGACGAAGAGAAGAUUCUUCGCUGUUGAGGUACUGAGUCAGUUCUGGGUCUUUAUCUUGAGCCAUGGCUAAGUCAGUCAAAGAGAUUGGAGAUGCCAGUUCAUCGACGCGAGAUAAGGUGUCAGCGACAACGUUGUCUUUCCCUGAUAUAUGCCUUAUGUCCGUCGUGAACUGCGAAAUAAAAUCUAAAUGACGAAACUGUCUAGGGGAACAAUUCUUCUUCCUUUCGUGGAAGGCGAAACAUAUUGGUCUGUGAUCUGUAUAGACCGUAAAAUGCCUAGCUUCGACCAUGUGCUGAAAAUACUUGAUACUUUCAUAAAUCGCGAGGAGCUCACGGUCGUAUGGUGAGUACUUCUGCUGGGAUGGGCUUAAUUUCCGGGAAAAGAAAGCAAGGGGUUGCCACACAUCAUCAUGUUGCUGCUGUAAAACCGCCCCUAUAGCCAAGUCUGAAGCAUCAGUGACUAAUGCUAAUUUAGCUCUGCAGUCCGGAUGUGCAAGGAGGGCUGCAUUUGAGAGGCUGUCUUUUGUAGCUUCGAAUGACCUUAAUGUCUCACCUGUAAGGUGGAUGGGGGUGGAACCUUUGCUCGUUCCCGUAAGGAGAGCAUUGAGAGGUGCUUGGAUCAGAGCCGCGUUUGGCAAGAAGCGUCUAUAAAAAUUGGCCAUGCCUAGAAAGCGCCUCAGUGCUUUAACGUCCCUAGGUGGAGGGAAGUCUCGUAUGGCUUGUAUCUUCGUUUCUAAUGGCUUAGUCCCGCUCUUGGAAAUUUUAUAACCCAAAAAAGUUACUUCGGGAACUCCAAAUACGCAUUUAGACACGUUGAUUGUCAUUCCAUAUUGGCGAAGACGAUUAAAUACCUGACGUAGGUGGUCAUCGUGCUCGGCUGCAUUCCUGCUAAAAAUUAGGAAGUCGUCGAGAUAACAGUAGACGAAGUCCAGUCCGCGCAUCAUUUCGUCGACGAACCUUUGAAAGGUUUGGCCUGCGUUACGAAGCCCGAAGGACAUGAAGGGGAACUCGAACAUACCUACCGGACUUGAAAUUGAAGUUUUAGGUAUGUCUUCCUCGCAGACAGGUAUCUGGUUGUAAGCUUUUGCCAGAUCGAUGGUGCUGAAGAUCUGGCAGCCAGCGAUGCUGUGGGCAAAGUCAUGUAUGUGCCGGAUUGGAUACCUAUCUGGGAUAGUCCUUGCGUUCAGCCUCCGGUAGUCCCCACAGAGCCGCCAACCGUUGUCCUUCUUCGGGGCCAGGUGAAGCGGGGACGACCAAGGGCUGUCCGAAGGUCUCGCUGUACCAUUGGCGAGCAUUGCCUCGAACUCAGCCUUCGCUAUUUUCAAUUUAUCGGGAGCUAAACGUCUAGGUGAACAAGUUACUGGUGGGCCGGGUGUAGUGCGAAUAUGAUGUUUGGUGUUAUGCGGUAUUGUGCGAUGUGUACCUGCUGGGCGUGUAAUGUCUGGGUAAUCACGUGACAGAAUUAAAUGGUACGGCGAUUCCCCAGUGAGUACCUUAACAGAUAAAACAUCACAAUUCAUAGCUGUACGUCCUGCAGAGGUAAGAGAUGUUAAAUUAUCAUGCAACAUUUUAUUCUUACAGUCUACGAUAAUACUAUAAUGAAUUAAAAAAUCUACGCCUAUAAUUGGUUUAGUUACGUCCGCCACUAUAAAACGCCACGGAUAAGUUCGACGAAGUCCCAGGUCCAAGUUUAGGUGUGUGUACCCAUAUGUGUUUAUGGUGGAACCAUUCGCUGCAACCAGUGUGUAACCCGCCGGUGCUCGGCGCUCCUUGAGAUUCGACCGGGGGAAAACGCAGAGGUCACUUCCAGUGUCCACGAGAAACUGUGCUUUCGUCGCGCGAUCGGUAACAAAGAGGCGACCAGAGGUGGUAGGGCAAUCAUCUGUCGCCAUUAGUGAUUGCCCGUGGCAUUUCCCGAACGCUGAUAGUCGCAGGGCUUCUGGCAUUUCUUUGCGUCUUGACCAAACUUCGCAUGGUACCAGCAUACCGGGUAUCUUCUGUAGCUGGAAGCUGAGCGCGAUCCACUACGUGACGACGCUCGAUGGUUAGUUCCUCUUCGCGUUGAAGUUCUCGAUCUGUCGCUGCGUUCCUCCAGUUUUGCAGAUAGUCGCUCGACCAUUUUCCGAAGUUCUGCGAUCUCGGCGUGCACACUUGGUGAGUUGGUCUGCGACGUGGUAGUAGCUGCUACGUCUUUCGCUGCGGUUAUCUCGUGCACGCGGUCCGCAAGGUCCAAAAGUUGGUCCAACGACUGUGAUGGCUGCGUAGCCAGAACUGUCUGCACGUGUUUCGGAAGCCGGCUACACCAAAUUGUUUUCAAAAACUCCUCCGGAAUGUUCGAACCAGCCAGGUCUUGGAGGUGCCGUGCAAACUGUGAUGGUUUUCUGUCUCCUAACUCUUCGUGCAUUAGGAGUUGCCUGACUCUUACUUCGUGUGAGGCGGAUAGUCUUUUUAUUAAUUCGGUCUUGACUUUUUCGUAUCGGUUAAGAGAGGGCGGAUUUAUAAUAAUAUCUUUCACAAUUUUAGCGAAAGUGAUAUCUAAAUUAUUAGUUACGUGUGCAAACCUUAUUUGAUCAUCGGUGAUACCGGCGCUGUCCAGUUGCCCUUCUAGUAAGGCGAACCAUAACUCUGGAUCCUCCGAUGAAAACAUCGGCACUUUGAUACGUUUGCCGACGUCAUCCGAUGAAACGCCCACUUUUUUCUUCGCCCGCUUUGUAACGUGGCCGUCGGGUCGCUUUGUGUUCGUCGAAUCUGCGCUGCUAUCACUCAUUUUCUGUCCUUUUAGGGGUCACCAGUAUAGGGUUAAAGUAGUCCCUAUUAUAUAGAACAAGCGUACACAAAUACUAAAUGAAAUAUAAAUGAACGCCGACUGCAGCAGAGCGUAGGUACUCGUGCGGACUGUCAGCCGGGCGGCGGGCGAUCGGCCGCGCGCACCGCUCGCGGCUUGCGCGUGUGUGUGUCGCCUCGUACAUGACUACGCACACUAAUGCCGCGCGCUAAUAUUUUAAAUAUUACAUAAUAUAAUAUGAUAUGGGCGAGAGUAGCCCACAGAAUAUGUUAUAAUAGUUCUUCUAAUAGGGGAAGACAUUAUCGCCUUUAUGUAAUGCCGGUACUUCACGGUGGGUCAUCCCGGUAGCCCUAUGCUACCUACUGAGACUUUAAGUAUAAAACAUCUACUUCGUCGACACCGCGGGAGUCGCGUUCGUGAACGAGUCGUACUCUGACUACUAUUGAGACUUUUUGAGUAAGUGAUAACGCUUCAUAAUCCUUGUAAAUGUGUCUCCAUAUAAUGGAGUGGUCAAAUCGAAGCUAUAGUUGUCAGUUUGAAGAAGCUGCCAAAAUCAUACUGUAUAGUUAUUCUAUAGCGGGAAGACGGUUUACUUCUGGAUAUAGUUGGAAGUUGACACUCAAUCCUUUGUAUGUGUAAUGCUGGUACUAUGGGCCAUUGCGACAGUCCACUAGAUGGGUCAUCUUGUGAAGAUUAUAGCGGCACUUUAAGACUUUUGGCGUAUGCCUAUACAGUUUUUCGAAUUCACAAACGUCAAAGGUUAGUGGGCCAGUGAGAGCGAUACACUUUUACGCAUUGGUCCACUGCUCCUUGUUUCGUCCGUUUCAAAUAAAAAUAGAUUAUUUAAGUAAAGAUUUUUAUGGUAUUUAUUAUUAAUUACUUUGUUUUCUCGUAUACAUUGUGAUUAUAAGGGUUAAAUAGAAGUAUUGACGAAGCGGCGCUCACACGUCCAUCUUUUUACAACUACAAAUGAAUACUGAAAGUGGACAUUGUGCAAAUGUUUUGCAACCAUCAAAUAGUCAUUUACCGACCUAGCUAUCGAUGGCCCAUCGUUUAGUACUAGCACGACGUAUAAGAACGUCAACACAGUAGAAACACUAGACGUGAGACAUCGAAACCAUUUUAUAAAAUCGUUACUUAUCUGUACACCUAUGAUAUCUGAAGCUAAACCUUCUUCCCAAUGUAGAAAGAUAAUAAAAAGCGCUAAUUUUAAUAUGUUUAAAAAUAAAACACUACUGUGAAGUUGUAAUUACGAGUAGAUUACCUAUGUAGAGAAAAAUUUAUAGAUCUAAAAAUUAAAAAUUAAAGAUGUGACUUGUUUGUCUUCUUGUUUGUUAUGUGACUUGUUUAUUAUGUGUCAAUCUAUUAUUGCCUAUUAUUGACAUCUUUUGUGAUAACUAUUUCUGCUUUCCUCAAUCAAACAAAAAGCUUGUACUAAUUGGUACAAUAUAAAAAACAGAUGUCGGACUCAAAAACUAAUGGAUUUAGGCCCCUCAGUGUUAUAGCACGCACAUCAACUCUGAAAGUGAAUAUUACUGUAUUGAUUUUCACCUCGCCGUCAACUCGCAGGUUUAUUUACUAUCUUUGACGUAUGCUAGUUAAAAGAAAUUGAGAUUCUACAUUCAUACAGGAGGUAGAUGACAUUUUGUCAAUUGAUUUGAUGUUUUUUUUAAUAGGUUGAUAAUAAAGACCAAAAUAGUGAAUAGGCCAGCUGGUGUCAAUUUAAAUGUAAAAGCGGAUCAAUAGGCUUAAUAUGCGUCACCGACAUUCUCGUGAAGAGAAUAAGUAAUAUCGUCGACCAAUACCUGGACUUGCAAACGUCCAUCGGCUGCUGAUGAUGAUGAUGAUGAUGAUUGUACUAUUGGUCGACAGUCUUUUUGUCUUCACGAUUUAACUCGCGCCAAUCCCUUUCCAAUAGGCUAGUUGACACUUUUUCUUUAAAUGGUCUUAAAUAGCAUUAUUGUUCUACUACAUUGAAAUGUUUUUUUUUUUCGAGACGUGAUUUCAUGAAAAUUUUAGUUUUUUAAUAUGUUUUUGACAAUACGAGCCAAAACUAUGUGAGGCUCAAUUGUAUGUAUUCAACUGUUUCAUGGCUUCAUCAUCAUCAUCAUAUCAGCCGAUGGACGUCCACUGCAGGACAUAGGCCUUUUGUAAGGACUUCCAAACAUCACGAUACUGAGCCACCUGCAUCCAGCGAAUCCCUGCGACUCGCUUGAUGUCGUCAGUCCACCUGGUUGGGGGUCGGCCAUGGCUUCACUAUAACAAAUCCCUUACAAACGGAGCGUAAGCAAAAAUAUUAGUUACCAAUUAAUUUGAUGUUUUGUACAUCAAGUAUCAUUGUGACGUCACAAAAUGAACGAUAGCGUUUUUGACGUUUGGAAAAUUCGAAAAGUACACGAUUUUUGAAAUAAGUUAACUUUUUUUAAUUAAUAUCGACAUAUUUCGGACUCAUUUUCCACGAAAUUAAUAUUGCUUAUAUUAAAUUUCAUAUGAGUCGACUACCCUAUUUUAUAUAUUAUGUGCUAUUACCCUAUGGCUUAAACCACGUAGCUAUAUAAUAUAUUAUGUUAUGUCGUGCCUUGUAUGUGUGAUCGGCCGUGGGUGUCUAUGUAGAUUUUUAUAUCUUGAAGUGUAUUUUCUUAUACGUACUAUUAGCAAUAAUCUUCUUGUAAAUAUGCCUCGCGAUUAUUGUGUAUAAUCGAUUUCGAUUCUUACUCUAUAUGUGACUAAUAAAAAUAAACGAAACAUGUUCAUGUUGUAGUUAACCAAAAUAUGUUUAAUGCCACAAAUAAAUCACGAUUCUUCUGUUACUCCAGUAUUUAGAUAUAAUAAUUUCAGUGAUGUAAAUACUAAAAAAAUACUUGAUAGAUAACUUAAAGCUUAUGGUACCUACUUAUAAUUCAUUGGACAUAUCAUAUUGUUUUAGGGACAGGUAUACGAUCAAACAUUUUGUCAAAUCAAAUGUGUUGGCUUUGUUUGAAGCGUUUGUGAAACAUUGCAUAAAGAAAAAAACAAGUUACAAGCAAGUUUGUCAAACAUGUUUGUACAGAUAAUAAUAAUAGAUUGGAGUAUUCGUCCUGGAGUCUUCGUAUGGGAAUUACAUUCACUAUCGACAGGUCACGUUAUGAAGUUGUCGAUUGGAGUCAUUCCCAUACAUUUUGUUAGCGUUUGUAGAAAAGAAUCGUCAUGCUACAUGGCUAGGGCGUUUGUUUCUAUUUACCUAAAUGUCUAGGGUCUCUACUGUUUGAAUUAUAGAAGUUAAUCUCCAGUAGUAAUAAUAAACACUACUAGUUUUACAAAUUUUGUAUUUUUAUUUAAAAUCAUCUAUCGUAUCGUCUGACAAAGAAAUAUUUGUAAUCUUUCGCAGACUGACUUCUAUUUAAGGUUAGAAUAAGGAGCCAAACGUAUUCUUAAACUUAUUGAAAAUAUCUAUUGUAUUAAUUACUUUAUUCAAUAAAAUAGUUGAAGUUUGUUUCAAUCUCUAGUGUUAUGAAAUUCUAAAAGCAAUAGAGAAUUAUAAUGUAAGACAAUAUGCGUGAUAUUUGAUCUUAUAAUAAUUGUAAAUAAAGAAAACUUCAAUCUUG